AGAUUGGAGAAGAUCGGACCAAUGGCAGUUCUAGAAACAAUAAAAAACGCCCUUGAAAGAAUUAAGAAUAAGAGAGAGAAUACAGCAAUUGGCGUGUGGCGUAUGUUGGGUCGCAGAGGAGCACAGCCAAACCCUCACACACACACUGCUUCAUUCAAUUGUAAUUUGUAGCCCACAACACCAACCAUAGCCGUCCGAUGAACCCAUAAAACAACGGUUAACACUUCUCCAUCAGAUUCCUCUUUCAAUUUCCAGGCGUCGCUCCCUCCCUUCAUCAUCGCCAUCAUCCUUCCUUUCUCUUUUUUUACUAAUUUCUAAAAUUAUUAAAAAUUCCUUUUAUUUUUUUAAAAAAGAAAAAAAAGAAAAAAGAGGGGGCGAACGAAUGGAACUUGCAGUGAAGGUGGCUGAAGCUCACGCCGCCUGGGACGUUGCCACCGCCAUCCUCACCGCCGAUCGCCGCCACAAUCCUCUCCCCGCCAAUUUCGAGGUGGAGUUCUUCGCUGCCCAGAUUCUCAAACGCAAGAUACAAAAUGAGGGUUAUCUACUGCAAUUAGAAGCUAAGGAUGCUUUGUUAAACGCCCUUCUUGUUGCAGUCAGGAGAUUCAGCACUGGGCCUCCCCAGCUUUUAACACAGAUUUGUCUUGCACUCUCUGCCCUUGUUCUUCAAGUUGUUGCGCAUGGAAACCCAAUUCAGCAGCUUUUUUACAGUCUGCAGAAUUUGCAGAGCCAGGAUAAUGGUAAUAUUGCCGUCCUGGAGAUGCUCACUGUCCUGCCAGAGGAAGUUGUUGAUAAUGAACGACCUGAUUCUAAAAUUAGUUCAUUACAAAAAAGCCAUUAUACACAAGAGCUUCUAUCGCAUACGCCUAUGGUUCUUGAUUUCUUGCUGCAACAAUCUGAACUAAGUUUUGAUGGUUCUGUGCAACAGCAUGAAAGGAAUCGGAAAAUUUUGCGUUGCUUAUUGAGCUGGGUUAGAGCAGGAUGCUUCUCGGAGAUUUCCCAGGGAACAUUGCCAGCUCACCCACUUCUGAAUUUUGUGUUCAACUCAUUGCAGGUACCUUCCUCAUUUGAUUUGGCCGUUGAAGUACUCAUUGAACUUGUGAGUAGACAUGAGGGAGUGCCUCAAGGUCUGUUAUGCAGAGUACAUUAUUUAAAGGAAGUACUUCUCCUUCCAGCUCUUACUAGGGGAGACAUGAAAAUAAUUGGGGGCCUUGCAUGCUUGUUGUCAGAAAUUGGGCAGGCUGCUCCGUCCCUUAUAGUAGAAGCAAGUCCAGAAUCCCUUGCAUUGGCAGAUGCACUCCUGAGCUGCGUGGCAUUUCCGUGUGAAGAUUGGGAGAUUGCAGACUCUACACUGCAGUUUUGGUCCGCUCUUGCAAGCUAUAUCCUUUGCCUUGAUGAGGAUGGUGCAAAACAUAGGAAACAUGUGGAGGAAACUUUUUCACCUGUCUUCUCAGCAUUACUUGAUUCAUUGUUGUUGCGAUCUCAGGUGGAUGAUUCUACAUACAAUGAUGACAGAAGAGUGAUUGAGUUGCCUGAUGGUCUUGUCCAUUUCAGGAUGAAUCUAGUAGAACUUUUUGUGGAUAUAUGUCACCUUUUAGGAUCUUCCAUAUUUAUACAAAAGCUCUUUAUUGCUGGGUGGGCAUCUCCAAAUCUACCAAUCCCUUGGAAGGAAGUGGAAAGCAAGCUGUUUGCUCUUAAUGCUGCCGCUGAUGUGAUAAUACAGAAUGGCCAGAGUUUUGAUUUCUCUAUGGUCAUGCAGAUUGUGACCAUGUUGUCCACAAAGCCGUCAGAUGGGUUGAAGGGUUUCAACUGCAUUGUAUACAGAUCUCUAGCAGAGGUGAUUGGUUCCUAUUCUAAGUGGAUAUCUUCUUUCAAGGAAAAUUUUAGGCCCUUGUUAUUAUUUCUUGCUAUAGGGAUUUCAGAGCCUCUAUCCUCGAAUGCUUGUGCGUCUACCCUGCGGAAAGUCUGUGAGGAUGCUUCUAUAGUAAUUUAUGAACCUUCAAAUUUGGAAGUUCUGAUGUGGAUAGGGGAGGGGCUAGACAAGUGGCAUUUAUCAAUGGAAGAUGAGGAAGAAGUAAUGAAUGCUAUAAGUCUGAUCCUUAGUUCUGUUCCCAACAGAGAACUGAAGAGCAACUUAUUGGCUAGAUUUCUUUCUUCUAGCUAUGAAGCAAUCGGGAAACUUGUUGAUCCAGAGACCAGCCAUUCUCUUAAGCAGAACCCUGCUUCCUAUAUGCAAGUUUUGAAUGCUGCCUCUAGAGGGUUACACAGAAUGGGAACUGUAUUCAAUCAUCUUUCUAUAUCUGCGGUGGCUGAACCUGCUGCAGAUGACUCCAUACUUUCACUCUUACGGGUUUUCUGGCCCAUCUUGGAGAAAGUUUUUAGCUCUGAACAUAUGGAGAGUAGUAAUUUAUCCAUGGCAGCCUGCCGAGCUCUUUCGCUAGCUAUUCAAUCUUCAGGUCAGCAUUUUGCAACAUUAUUGCCGAAAGUGCUGGAUUGGCUUUCAACAAAUUUUGUUUUGUACCAAAGUCAUGAGUAUUACAUAAGAACCGCUUCCAUUGUCAUUGAGGAGUUUGGUCACCGAGAGGAGUACGGACCUUUAUUUGUCACCACAUUUGAAAGGUUUACUCAUGCAGCUUCUGUAAUGGCUCUAACUUCCUCCUACAUAUGUGACCAAGAACCUGACUUAGUGGAGGCGUACACCAAUUUUGCAUCUACAUUUAUUCGUUCCUGUAACAAGGAUGCCCUUUCAUCCUGUGGUUCUCUUCUUGAAGUUUCUAUCCAAAAAGCUGCUAUAUGCUGCACAGCAAUGCACCGCGGAGCUGCGCUGGCCGCAAUGUCAUAUUUGUCUUGUUUCUUAGAUGUGGGCCUUGUCUCGCUGUUAGAACAUAUUAAUUGUAUUCUUGAAGGGUCAUUCAACGCCACAACCAUCCAUGUCAUUUCUCACAGUGGUGAGGGGCUUGUAUCCAAUGUGGUUUAUGCUUUACUUGGUGUAUCUGCAAUGUCCCGGGUUCACAAAUGUGCAACAAUUCUUCAACAACUGGCUGCAAUUUGCACAUUAUCCGAAAGAACAACAUUGAAGUCUAUACUUUGCUGGCAAACUCUGCAUGGAUGGCUACAGUCAGCAGUCUCUCUCUCUCUCUCUCUCUCUCUCUCUCUCUCUCUCUCUCUCAUAUUGGUGCCACUUUGGUCAAAGGCCCUUGUCGAUGCAGCCGCUGAUUAUCUCGAGAGCAAGAACUCCAAUGGAUUGAAGAGUAAUUACGGGCAUAUGCAAGGGAAGGGUGGCAGAGUUUUAAAGCGCCUUGUCCGGGAAUUUGCCGAUUCUCACCGGAAUAUACCAAAUCUAACUUGAAGACAUGACAAUGUGAAUUGUGAGAAUUAGCUCAUGCAUUACAGCAUUCAGCUUCAAAGAAAGUUGACCGAGGCACCUUACCUGUAUCAAUUGUUGUAAAGUGAUGAGGUAUGUAUAGUCUCAUCUUUCGUCCAAUCUGGAGCCCUGCCAUUCAAAAUGCCUCACCAUUUUCCAUUACUAUAUUUGUGUAAUUUUCCCUCUCUGUACAGUACACAUCCCACAAUUUUGGCCCUCAAAAUCAGGUUAGGAAAAAUGCCCACCUCCUUUUGAAAUUGUACAGGAUAUCCGUGAAGGAAUAUCCAGAGAUGGAAUUAGAAAUUUUGAAGGGAAGGAAACUCAAUGAUGUCUAUUUUCGCUGUACCACCUGAAACUACUUGAAUAAUUGUAAUAGUUAGAAUUAGUUUUAGCAUAAUAAAUGAUGAUUAGAUCCCUCAAAGAAGAAGAUAAGUUGAAGGGAGAAUUUUCUUUUUUCAUCUAGAAAAAUACUGAAAUAGAAUAAACCAAACCGAGGAUAGCACAUGAAAGGCAGUUUAACUGAAAAAACGUGUGUGUAUAUAUAUAUAUACUAAUGAAUUUU